AUGAGCUUGAGAAAGCUCAUGGUCCCGAGGUGGACCAAGCGCUGGCUCGGCCUCUCUUACCUCGGUGCUUCGAUGGGUGCGAGUAUCUGGUUCCUCGAUAUUGUCGGUCCGGGUCUCGCCAACGACCUCUUCUGGCCCGGCUUUGACCCCACGUCGGCGCAGACAUACCUCAUCGACGUCUUCAACCGCCACCUCAGCGCCUCCAGCGCCUCGGAGAUUGACCUCUUUGACCCCAGCGAGGCCAUUCUCAAGACGUACGGCCUUCCGUCGACAACUGCGUUCGCGAAACCCACGUACCCUCGGAUGCGAACCCUGGUCGAGUACACGUCGGUGGCCGAUGCGAUAAUUGGUUUUCAGUCGCUCGAUCCCGGCUACGUCUUCAACUUGAUGACGCUGUACUGCUGGGCCGACUUUGAAAAGCGAUGGGAGGUCGCUCAUACGGCGGCGCGUCAAGCGCGAUGUGCCGAUACGAUGGCGGACAACGGUGCCGUGUACCUUGAGCCGUUCCUUCGCAACAUCGACUGGGACGCAUGGUAUCCGAUCUACGGUGCUAGCUUUGCCCAAGCGGUCUCCGACGCGAUUGUGAUCACGUCCGAAGGCCGGGACUGGUACAAGAGUCUCCAGAACGCGUACCAGUCCCUCGAAACCGAGGAAGCGUACUGGAAAUCGCACCAGAUUUCGCACUUUCAGCUACAGUGGAGCAACGAUGCUCAGUUCAGCGUGCAAGAAUCGAUCUCAGUUGUCAACAUGCUCGGGUGGCGACACGACUUGACGCUUCAGUCGAUCUCAUUCGGCAAACGAGGCUCCAAGUGGACGACGUUUGCGCUCAACUGGGCCUUCUACAACAACCUCUGGGGUGCGGCGGUGACCAACGGAAGCCUCGUGCGCAGCGCCAGCAACUUUAUGGGCGACGCAACAAUGGAAUCUAUCCUCUUCCUCUAUCCGUUCACGCAGUGCAGUAUUAUCAUCCACGACCGCCUCGGUCCGUUCCAGUCCAUCGACACGUUUCUCAUUCCACCGCCACCGCAGCUCGUCGCCUCAUGUGCCCAGCUCCAAGCCGCCGUCAUCUUGGCACUGCAAGCAAACUUGACCCUUUUGCAUCUCUACGCGGCCUUGCUUACACCACUGCUCGAUCCUGUGCCUCUCUCGUGGCAGAGAUCCAGCUACACCUUCUUUGGCGGCAGCCCGUUCUGCCCGUUUGGCUCUGGCGCAAACUUUGUGCAGCCAUCCUUUACCUUUGACGAUACGUGCGGCAGUCAACAGUUGCGCACCUUGCAGCGCUGCGACCUCUGGUGUGUGCAACUCACUCGCGACCCAAACCUCGGCCAUUGCCAAUAAGCUGCUGACGAACGCUACACUCUCUGGCCUACUGACGCCAACA